GCGGUCUAUGCCGCGGCGUGCGAAUGUUUGGAACGGGUGGAUUCGCGUCGCCCUGUAUACGGUCGGUGCGACAGUCGCGAGUAGACCGCGAGGACGAGUACCGGAAGCGCGGACCCGCAGUCGCCUCGCGUCGCUUCCGCGGGUCGCUUCGAUUUUUUUUUCACCCCCUCGUCUCUACCCACCGCCCGCACUCGCGCGAAUGGCAAGGAGGCGCGUGCGGCUCACACGCGGCAAGCUUGAAGACUACAUCUGGCCACAGUGAGGCGCCAUGAAGGAAGUCCAGGAGCAGCAGCAGCCCGAGUCAAUGGAAUCCAACGAGUCGGUAUCCGGCUCGAACGAAUACGCCUAUCGACCACUCACGACGAAGCACAGAAGAGCUGGGAGUACCGGAACAACCGGCGAUGAGGAAUACACCACGGACGAGGACGAGCUCUACACGGACGAAGCUGAUUGCGCCACGCUACAUCCACCUCAUCCUAUUCUUAAAUCGGACCUCGCGAGGGCAGCUACGGAUCUCUUCGGGUAUGUUACGAAAUGCGAGGACGAGGACGAAGAACCCACUAGUCUAUUCGACGAGGAUGACAACAAGUUCCUAGACGAUAGUUCCAGUUCAACCAAAACCGCUCCAUUGUUCGCGUACAACGAAAAACUACAAGGUGUCCUGUCGCGACAUCGAAAUCCAUCAGAAGAGAAGAAGCCCGUGAAGCCCUGCGAAAAGCUGAAAUCUCACGAGCUGGAAGUCUCGGAGUCUCAAGCUCAACGUACGAAACCUUUGGAUUUUCGAUUGAACGAAGCUGAGUCUGCGGGAAAAGCCAGCGAUGAGAAAGCCGAUUCGGACUCGAAGAAGGACAAUUCCCUCGAAUCGCCGAAGAGACUGUCCCUUCCUAAAGAUACGCAGCCGACAGAACCAUCGAAGCAAGAAUUACUGUGUGUCCCUAAAAUGACCAACGGUCCGCCAUCGCCUACUACCCAGAAAUGGGGAAGAGCAGUGGCCGAGGUAAAGGAACACGCAGUGGCGAAGUUACAGGAGGAACUUAAAAGAGCUCAUGAAGAAUUGAAAUUGAAGGACGAGGAAGUAGCCAGACUUUCACGGAUCAGGCAGGAUGUAGAGACUGAGCUCGAGGAACUCACUGCCAGCCUCUUUCAAGAGGCACACAAUAUGGUUCGAGAAGCUAACGUACGCCAGGCGACGGCGGAGCGUCUCUUGGAGGAAAGCCGAAUGAAAUCAGAAGUGCUCGCAGCUGAAGUAGCGGCUUUGAAAACUUUGGUGCUCACAUCUACACCGUCAAGGCCCAAUCCCCAUCUGCACCCUCAAAUCGACACAAAAGGACGCGUUGGCAAUGGGGAGGAAAGCCAGCAGGGGCUCUUUGCGAAGAAGCACCGAAGGUCGCCGUCGCACUUUAAUUUAAAGUAUGGCCGAGAGAAUUCGCCGCCUGAUUCGCCUGUAAAAGAACAAAGAUCACCUUUGCCUACCGAUAAGGAAGCUCUCGAGAGGGAUUGGAAGCGUGAUCGUGAGAAGGAGAAGGAAAGGGAGUGCAAGGACUUUGGUCUGGAAGUCGAUCCGAGGGUCCAUACGGAGUUUCUCAGAUGGAAAACGAAUCCUUGCGUUGACAAAAGCGAUCCCUUCGUCGCGAGGGCAUUUAGAGAGGAUAUUGACCUCUGCUUGGAUUUCCCGAAUAAAGAAUUGGGAGCUAAGGUCAGGCAAGCCGUUUUGGAUGGCAUCAUAUUUAUCGAAGCGGUCAGCGACAAAACGAAACUCGCUUUUCCCAAAAAAUGUGCUUUGUUAGAGGCACCACGGCAAUGUCACUAUCGUAUGCGGCUUGGUGACCAAGAAAACCAGUGGCACUGCAUUUCGCAGAUCUGUCGUAAUCGAAUUAUUGCAGUGUGUGACUUUCUUAAUUAUUUGAGAUACAUCGAGCGUGGUCUCGUCAAAAGCUCAGUUCACGACGUUUACUGGGAGAUCACGCGGCUGAGAAAGGAAAUGGUUUUUGCACGGUUGGGUCUGGCAUUGUCGUCCUGAGGUUCGCGUAGGCGGGAUGUCAUCUAGUCUCGAGUUGAUUCGAGCCAGGUGUUCAUUGUUUGAAAAUGGAAUCUGUCCGUGAAUUGUGCAGAAUAAUUUAGCGACGCUCUCGUCGAUUAUCGGCCUUUUGUGCAGCGAAGGGAAGGGUGCAAUGUUACAAUGUAUAUCUUUGAGAUACAUACAUUUGGAGUCUCUCUAAUUCUCUAUGUAAAAUAAAUCUGAUGAUAUUAUAAUGACGUUUCUAAAAAACUUACGUGCCAUUCAGAAAACUCGUAAAAAGUAGAUACAAUUUAUCGAUGGCUCUUCCACCUGUUGAUUAUAAAUAUGAUAGCAGUGUAAUUAAUAAAAUUAAUUUACAUACACCAACUUAUUUCUGUUGUUUAAAAAUAAAGUUAUUCAGGGUUAGAUUUGAUGUUAAUUUUGCAGUAAAACGUCAACUUUUUGCACGUAAAUUUUUUCGAAAUAUUGCCAAAAUAGUGCCGUCUACGGCAGAUUCUAGAUUUAGUUAUUUGCGAGCAAGUUGUAAGACGAUAAUUAAGCUGAUUACGAGGCUGUGAAUGAUCUUGACAUGCGGAUCAGACAUUGUCGAUGGCUCUCCUAAACGAGAAGUGUAAAUACUAGGAAAGAUUUUUGAGAUAUUGUGUCAUGUUUUUUGAAGUUUAAUAGACGUCGGACUUAUUGUUAGACUCACGUGAAUUAUAACAACGGAGCUGUUAAUUCCAUGAGAUAGUUAAUGGUUAACAAUCUUAUUACAUAUAUGAGAUUACUUCAUGCUGUGGUUUGGUAUUAACACCGAGGAGAAGAAAAAUCAUGUUUUGCUAAUUAUUUAUAUUUGUUUUUGUUACGGAUCAAUUUUUAUUUGUCGUCGCGUGUCGGGUCGUAGUGACUUCGUUGUUUCGUUGUGUUAAUUUAUCAAUAUAUACGUUGUGUUAAUUGUUAAUCUGACUAUGGCUUCCAUUAAAUAUAUACCGUAUAAAUUUAUUCUAAAGUGUUUAUACCGUGCCACCGAAAUUCGAGAACAUAAAAUUAUCAUCAAGACUUCUAUCAUCUAAACUAAUUAAUUUAUUGUUGGUUCAUAUUCAUGUAUAUAUACUUUCGACACAUUAUUAUUCAUAAAGAAGAGUUGCAUCUAUGCGGACCAUACAAAUCUCCAAAUCCUAGUGUAAAUAGAAUUUCUCUCGAAACUUUUCAUGUCAUAUAACGAUUCUAUACGUCUAUAUCAUAAUGCGUCCGGUUAUACGGAACAUAUUUCUUUCUACUUUAUAAAUAUUAGUCUGACGUAUUGCAUAUGUAUAUUCGUUCAUAGAGAUUACAUUAAUACGUCAAUCGCAAAACUGAUAUUUGUAUCAGUCAUCUAUCUCCUGAUUGUACAUAUGAAUAUAUAUUUUGUUUACUACAAAGAAAUAUUCUCAACUUCAAAUUUCGACUCGUGAUACGCCAAUUAAUUUUUUCCGGGAUCAAUAAUCUCCGCGAUAAUUUUCUGAUUAAUUCGCUCGAAGCGAAUUGUAAAAGUGACAGGAUAGGUAGUUGUUUCGGUAAUAUGAAGACACAAAGACUUUUAUCUUGUUUCUGUUGUCUUCCAUCCUUUAUCAUGUUCGAUAUGAAGCGUGCGAAAGAAAGUGAUUAUGUGAUCGGUUCACCAUUUCGAAUUAUGCCAAGUAACGUGUGGCCAACGACGAAAACGAAUUACGUUCCCUAGACUGUUACGGGACGUUUAAAAAGACUUCUUGUAAGCAUUUCUCUUGUGAAUAGAAAACAUGUUAAUUGUGUAUCAAAUGUAAAUAGAGUCUUCUAACAUUACUUGAGAUAGAAACUUGUAUUUAAAAACGAAAUAAAGAUAAUCGCCAUUGUAAAAAAAA